UGAAUUGCUUCCAUGAUAUUCAGGUUACCAGCGCAACUAGGAGUAAACAUGCCAGCUCAGGCUUAUCCCAGGCAAGAAAAUGAGGCAGAUUCAGUAGAAGUUGAACCCUUCGAGGUCUCUGAUGUUGUUCUCUAUAUGGGCAUAAUUGAUAUCUUGCAGAAAUGCAAUGUGAAAAAAAGAGCCGAACACGCUACAAAUCAGUGAAAUUUAAUCCAUUGGAAAUAUCUCUUGCCAAUCCCCGGUUCUAUGCUCAACGCUUUAUCAAUUUCUUGCAGCAAAAAGUUUUCCCUGAGCAAUCAACAUCUUCCUCCUGACUGCCAUUGUUUCUUAGUAUUAUCUUGUAUUUUCCCAUCCUUUUAGGUUUCUUUUACACAAAAUACAACCAUUCAUUGUUAAGGGAUGCCAUCUGCAACCUAUACAUAGUACUGUUUGUAAAGGGGUUAUUGUUUCUGGAUAUGUUAGAGACAAUGAUUCAUGAGUUGCAAUAUUCUUUGGUUCUUGCAUAAAAAUUCCACAAGUCU